GACCAGAAAUUGCAGACACAGUACAGAAGAAGACCAGAGACUGCGCACAUAGUACAAGAGAUGAUCAGACACUGUGGACACAGUACAGGGGAUGACCAGAGACUGCGGACACAGUACAGGAGAUGACCAGAGACUGCGGACACAGUACAGGGUAUGACCAGAGACUGCGGACACAGUACAGGGAAUGACCAGAGACUGCGGACACAGUACAGGAGAUGACCAGAGACUGCGCACAGGGUAUGACCAGAGACUGCGGACACAGUACAGG